UAUCGACAUACCAGUACCUACGGUACCGUAGGCACAUCAUGUUGAGCAUUACGGUCGUCCACCUGCUCAUCCGCGGCGCGAUACUGCCCCCUACUCGGGCAAGGAACAGUAGAGGAGCAGCGCCAUCACAUGCCCCACAAGAGCACAACACUAGCGGUUUGAACAAAUCUUUGUUGUCCGCGCGUCCGGCCCCGACGACUCAGGGUUGGUGUUCGCAUUUGCGCGCGUACGUAGAUAAUCUUCAUUUACAAAGGAUUUUCAUUGGGGCACCAGCCAAGUGCGCAGGGACAACCCUUAACACUUUCUUUGGGCACACAUGGAAAUCGGUGUCCCGCGACACACGGAAGGACCAUUGUGAUUGGAAAGUUACAGGUUUUGGCAUUGGGAAGAAUCGCGAGAAUCGCCUCAUCGAUUUGCAGGAAUUGAUAUCUAGUCCGUGCGGCCUGGAGACAUUGUUUCUGAUCUCAGUGCGUGACAAGAUGUCCUGGCUCCGCUCUGCUACGAGGUACAUAUGUGAGCAGCGCGGAUGGGCUAAGCGUGGAAAGUGCAGUUCACUCGCAAGCUUUAGAUGGGUCCGCGAGCGCCCCCAUGAAUUGGGUCGUAGUCCAGCCGAUGUCGUUAGGAAGAAAUUUUUCACCUCCAACACGAGUGCGCGCGUUGCGAUAUUUGACUAUCGACAAAUGAAUAGUCUUCUCCAAUGCUUUCCUCAAGCAUCGACAAUUGCAACCAGCGGGGGGACGUCCAUGGCUUCGAUUAUUCCAAAGAAUGGGACAGAGGUAGGCUCCAGGGCAAUCAUUGUAUCUAAAAAUAGGGCGAUCCACAAGGUGGGCAAUUUGAAAGGAAAUCAAGUUUCUCAACUCGAAAAAAUUUCGCCUUCAGACUUACAGGAACUGUAUGACACCGAUGGUGUAGGAAAACAACGCUGGGACUCGAUGGAGCGAUACUUUUCUAUGGUGUUGCCUUGGAACUCUUCGUCAUCAUUGUCGUGCUCAAGCAGGUGUCAGUUGGCUAGUUGGCACGGUGACAAGCUGGAUUGCAUUGUGCUGUGACUGCAUGAGCUACUUCAGUCACGGUACUCAGGCUGAGGCUUGUAGUAAGAAACCCCCUACCCUAAGAAACCCCUUACUUCCCCCUUACUAUCGGAACAGAGUUCAUGACCUCUUACAGCGAUUGUGCUAUGAUGCUGUAGUUACCUUUAUCUAGAGCUCCUCACAGGUUCUAGUAGAUAUCAGAGGCUAGUGGCCUGUAUCUUAGGAUACUUCCUUCUCUCAGAGUUGAGGGGGUUCCCACACUCUCACGUUUCAGUGAGAGUUCUUCCUGUUGGCAUCUCCGUGUCACAUAGACACCCGAGAGACCUAGCUACCACAGCUGCAUUGUGCACUUGCUGCACCGUGACCCAGCUCAUUAGACACCAGCACAUACCGAAGCUAAUAUCGCUGGACCUCUAUUCCGG